AUGAGAGUUAUUAUUCGAGAUGAAGCCUCCGAGGCUAGCGAAUAUGUAGCCAACUACAUCAUCGAACGCAUCAAGGAGUUCAACCCGACUCCGGAGAAGCCCUUCGUCAUGGGCCUGCCGACCGGGUCGAGUCCCCUCGGUGUGUAUAAGGCCCUCGUAAGGCAGUACAAAGCCGGCAAGGUCUCCUUUAAAAAUGUCGUCACAUUCAACAUGGACGAAUACGUCGGCCUCCCCCGCGACCACCCCGAAAGCUACCACACUUUCAUGUGGACCAACCUCUUCUCCCACAUCGACAUCCACCCCCGCAACGCCCACAUCCUCAACGGCAACGCCCCCUCCCUCCCAGCCGAAUGCACCCGCUACGAAUCCCUCAUCCGCCAAAACGGCGGCAUCGACCUCUUCCUCGCCGGCGUCGGCGAGGAUGGCCAUAUCGCCUUCAACGAGCCCGCCUCGAGCCUGUCGUCGCGCACUCGCGUCAAGACACUCACGCACGAUACCGUGCUGGCCAACUCGCGCUUCUUCGGCGGUGAUGUCGAUAAGGUGCCUAGGUUGGCUUUGACCGUUGGUGUUGGGACGGUGCUGGAGGCGAGGGAGGUUGUGGCUGUUGUUUUUGGGAGGAGGAAGGCGUUGGCGUUGCAGAAGUGUGUGGAGGGUGGGGUUUCGCAUAUGUGGACUCUGUCGUGUUUGCAGUUGCAUCCUAAUGCUAUGAUUGUUUGUGAUGAGGAUGCUACGAUGGAGUUGCAGGUGAAGACGGUCAAGUACUUCAAGAGCAUUGAAUCGGGUUCAAGUAUCCCCUCGCCUCUCCACCCAUACCCGCCCAAGCUCCCCGAGGAAACCCUCCCCAUCCCUGAGACGACCCUCGAUGCCGUGGACACCCCCGCCAUCCUCCAGCCCGAACCCGUCAGCUCUCAGCUCCUUCACCCAGACGGCGCCGUCGUCGGCAAUGGGAAGCUGUCGCCCGUCUCGAUCGCCCGCUCGGCCUCCCCGGAUAUGGACCUCGUACCUGACCGCAUGGCCUCGAGGAUUCCUGGGGGUGGGUUCGCGGGGAGACUUUCUCCUCAGCCUGGCGCUGUUCGAAACUCCGUUACCGUCUAA